AUGGAUUAUAGUCAAUCUAAUCAACGUACUUGUGAACCGUCAUCAUCGAUAUCAUCAUCAUCCACAUCAACAUCAUCAUCGAUAUCAUCAUCAUUCACGUCAACAUCAUCAUCGAUAUCAUCAUCAUGCACAUUAACAUCAUCCACAUCAUCGUCAUUAGGUGGUUCUUGUAUUUCUUCUUCCACAGCAUCGUCAAACACAAGUUAUACUCGUGAAAAUAUUCAACACCAUUUAAAAUAUAAUAAAGCUGAAUAUGUUAUCCUUAACAAUUCAAAUAAUAAAAAUUCAUCUGUUUGCUGGCGUUCAUUUGGUUUUCCAGCAAAACUCGAUAUCAAUGGUGUUCCUCAAAAAAUUAAUAAUUUUGUUUCAUGCAAAAAUUGUUUUACUACUUAUUCAUAUAUUUCAAAUAGCACCACGUUUCUCAUGAAACAUAAUUGUUUAUCUUCUGAUCGAAAAACAAAUUCUACUUUGUCUUCAUCUUGUAAUACAUCGUCUUCUCAAACUUUGAUUACUACGUAUGGACAACCAAAAACUGUUCGAUUACCUGAUUCACAUUCGAAAGAAAUGAAAGAUCUAUUAGUACGAUGGAUAUGUAAAGAUGUGCGACCAUUUGCUAUUGUCGAUGAUGAUGGAUUUCGUAAAAUUGCACAACGUUGUGUUUCCAUUGGUGCUCAGUAUGGAAAUAUUGAUAUUAAUCAAAUUCUUCGUUCAUCGAGUACAAUUUCGUCACAUAUUCAUGAAAUAGCUGAUAAUGAACGUGCCCGACUGAAGGAUCUAUUAGCUUUAGCUACUAAAAAUGGUUCUCUAUGUUUAUGUCCUGAUCUAUGGACCGAUAAUAACCGACAAUGUUCUUACUUAGGUAUAACUGCUUCCUUUGUUGAUGAUGAAUAUCAACUUCAUAAUAUUGAUUUAUGUUGUCAUCCGUUUCCAAAUGUAAAGAAAACGGCUGAAAAUAUCAUCAUAGAAUUGGAAAAGGCCUUGAGUCGAUUCGAAAUCAUUGAUCUUCAUGAAAUAACAUUUGUUUCGGACAGGGGUGCUAACUUCCUCAAAGCAUUAAAACGUUUUCAAGCUUAUUCAUGUGCUGCUCAUCGGUUAAAUAACAUCGUGAAAUGUUGUUUUUUCGUUAAUGAGAAAAAUAAAAAACAAGAUGAUCUUGAAGAAAAUGUUUUUAAUAAUAACGAUGAAGUUGAAGAAGAUAUUGAAGCUUUAAUUGAUGUGACCACAUUGGGUGAUAUACCAAAAAAAGCUUUACAAGUUCUUGAAAAUAUUAUUGAAUAUCGAUCAUUUUUUUGUAUAAGAAAAGUUCUAGCAAACAAGAAAAAAAAUUUUGCAAUUGAACGUGAAAUUGUUCAAGGCUUGAUUCGACUUUUAUUACCAUUCAAAGAACUACUUACCAAACUUCAAACUUCAAAAACACCUUCUCUUCAUCUUGUUCUCAUUGGUAUUGGUAGUCUACGAACAACUCUUUCAUCAUUUGACAUGCUUUUGGAAUAUGAAAAGAAAAACAAAACCUAUUUUCAAGAAGAAAAUUUAAGUUCAUUAGAUGUCGAUGCUUCAAAUUCAAUUCAAGAAGAUGAAGGUCUACGAUUUUUUCGUCUUCGUUUAUCACAUCUAAUUGAAGAAAUGUUUUCAUUUGAACCAAUUCAUUAUGCUUCAACUAUGCUCCAUCCGAAAUAUCGACAUUUGAAGAAAACUAGUAGUAAUGAUAAAAAUAUGUGUAAAUAUUUUAUUCGUCAAAUGAUGAAACAAGUCAUUAAUCGAGAAAAAUCAAGCUCGACAUUUUUAUUAAAUCCAUCAAACAAUCAUGAUGGAGAACCAUGUCCGAAAAAACGAAAACAUUUUGGUGAAGAGUACGAAACUGGUAAUGUUAGUGAUGAGUAUGAUAUAGACGAUGACGAAUUAGAAAGAUAUCUUUCUAAACGUUUGGAUUUAACAAAUUUAUCUGAUAAUCCACUUGAUUUUUGGAAAAACCACAAAGUUGAAUUUCCGGUCUUAGCAAAAGUUGCUUGUCAAGUAUUUAGUGUACCAGCAACAUCUGCAUGUGUUGAACGAUCGUUUAGUACUGCUGGAAAUAUUGCUACAAAACGUCGAACCAACAUCAAACCUACUCAACUAAAUAAUGUUCUUUUUUUACGAUCUUCUUAUUCAUUUAAAUGA